UCAGACGUCAGUCAAACACGAGGGUGGAUCUGCUGAAGGGAAUCAUGGUUGUUGAUGUUCCGUCAGAAAGUCAGCGGUGAGGAUCAGCGUGUUAAAGCGGAAAUAAGGUCAGAAUGCAGUUCCUGGGGCGAAUCCUGGACACCGUCUCGUCCGUGUCCAACCUGUUCAGUAACCCGUACCGGGUGCGGGACGUCCAGCUGUCGGAGUAUAAUGGAAAGGUGCGUCUGAAGCAGGAGGGGAGGAUGCUGCUGUACAGGAACACCUCCAGCCAGUCCUGGGACUGCGUUCUGCUCCUGCCUGACAGCGCGUCCACGGCGUUACGUUUGUUCCAGGUGGCGUCAGAGGAAGAUGCCAUGAACUGGUUUCCUCAGUAUAGCUUGAAGCUCCGCCCAUUCUACGAGACGCUCCGCCCUCCUUUAAAGCCAGAGACGCUUCAGCAAAUCGUGGACUGCCUGCGGAACCACCCGGACUGGAGCUCCGCCCACAUCGCGGUGGAAACUGGCCUGCGGGACUGCUUAAAGCACAACUAUGUUUUGAGUCAGAUGAACGUGAGGGACGCUCAGGGCCAGACGCCGCUGCACAUCGCGUGUGAACGCAGCGAGGCUGCGUGUGUUCGGGAGCUGCUGGAGGAGUGUCAGGCUCGCACCGACAUCAAAGACAAGAACGGGGACACGCCCAUGCACUGUGCAGCCAAACAGGACUCCGCUGCUAUCGUGGAGGUGCUGUGCUCACAGAUGUGUGCCGGGAUUAAUGAGGUGAACAUGGCCGGGGAAACGCCGCUGCAUGUAGCCUGUCGGCUCGGGAAGGUGGAGACGGCGAAGGCGCUGAUGGGGGGCGGGGCCAGCUGUGACAUCAUAGGGGGUGCAGGUUACCCCAUCCACACGGCCAUGAAGUACAGCGCCAGGGGCUGUGCUGAGGCUAUUCUGGCGUCUAAUCCCGCUCAGCUGCAGGCAGAAGACCCGGUGUUUGGGGGAACUCCUCUCCACUGGGCUAAAACAGCUGAGAUGAGCCGGUUGUUGCUGGACCGCGAGUGCAGCGUAAACUACCUCAGUAAAACUGGCGAGAGUCCGUUACACAUCCUGACCAAGAGGGGGCGCUUUGAGGCAGCCAUGACCCUGCUGACCCAUGAGGCGGACCCCAACAUUAAGGGGGAGGGGGGCAACACAGCACUGCACCUGGCCAUGAAGCUGGAUCACAUGGAUCUGAUUAAAGCUCUGAUCGUGUUCGGAGCUGACGUGGAGAUCCAUAAUGACCUGGGGGAGACACCCGGCCUCAUCGCGGCCCGCACCAGCAAGGGCCCGAAUCGUAAGGUGUUGUUAAAGAUGCUGUGUAGUGUCGGGGUGGAGCGCUGUCGGCCUCCGCAGUCCCCCGACAUCCCGCUCCCCAGCAUGAGGAGAGCUCCGCCUCCUGCUAUAGGGUUUGGUGACAUAAUUCACACAGCUGCUGCCCUCUCUGCCAUGAGCGCAGGUCUUAUGGAGGUGGACGGGAAGAGAGCAGGAAGUCCAAGGACGGACAGAUUGCUGUGUCUGGAUGGAGGAGGCAUUAAGGGUUUGGUUCUGAUCCAGCUGUUGAUUGCAUUGGAGAAGGCAGCCGGUCGGCCAAUCAGGGAGCUUUUUGAUUGGGUGGCUGGAACCAGCACCGGCGGCAUUCUGGCUCUGGCUAUAGUUCACGGGAAGUCGAUGGAGUAUCUGCGGUGUCUGUACUUCCGGAUGAAGGAGCAGGUGUUUAAGGGUUCGAGGCCGUACGAGUCGGCUCCUCUGGAGGACUUUCUAAAGAAUGAGUUUGGAGAAAACACCAAGAUGACUGACGUCAAACACCCCAAGGUGAUGGUUACCAGUGUUCUGGCAGACAGGCACCCGGGAGAGCUGCACAUUUUCAGAAACUAUGAACCUCCUGCUCUGACCAGAGACCCUCCUUACGCUUCUACUGCUACCUUUAAACCACUUACUAUACCAGAGGGCUGGCAGGAUGAGGAUGUGUUGAUAGUGGGAUACACUCUGGAGCCUCUCAGAAAGCGUAGAAAGGUGACAGAUGAAGAGCAGCUAGUGUGGCGUGCUGCCCGCUCCAGCGGCGCCGCCCCCACAUACUUCCGACCAAUGGGACGCUUCCUUGACGGAGGACUGCUGGCCAAUAACCCGACUCUGGACGCGAUGACGGAGAUCCACCACUAUAACAGAGCUCUGAAGAAUCAGGGUGGGGGGGAUGAGGGGGUGUGUAAGCUGGGUGUGGUGGUGUCUUUAGGUACAGGUAAACCUCCGCAGGUGGUGGUGAACUCUGUGGACGUGUUCAGACCCUCCAACCCCCUGGAACUGGCCAAGAGCUUUGUAGGGGUCAAAGAACUGGGCAAGAUGCUAGUGGACUGUUGCACUGACUCAGAUGGCUGUGCUGUAGAUCGAGCGAGAGCGUGGUGUGAGAUGACUGAUAUAAACUAUCACAGGCUGAGUCCUCAGCUCUCGGUGGAGGUGAUGCUGGACGAGGUGAGCGACGCUGUGCUGGUGGACAUGCUGUGGGAGACGCAGAUGUACCUGUACGAGAACCGGGAGACCAUCCAGACCCUCAGCCAGCAGCUCCUGCAGCCCUGAUACACAAACACUGAGGAGGACAGAGAGAGGAGGAAGAGGAUAAAGAGGAAGUGAGAGAGAGAGGGAGAGGGAGAGGGAGAGACAGAGUUAUUUUGGCAUUUUGAUCUUAUUUGUAUGGAUUCUGCAGUCCUGUACAGACCUGUAACUGGUCAGAGCUUGUGACGAGACCGUGGUCAGUACCUUCUACCUUCACUCUGGUUUCUACUGAGCUCUUGUUUCUCCUAUAAUUAGAGAUUAAUUGAUUAGUUUAUUAAUCGAUUAAUUGAUUGGCUGCAGCAGGGCCGAGCGGG